AUUUGACGCAAUGUACAAGUCAUACCAUGCUCACUUCGAAUGUAGAUGCGGCGUCUGCCUCCACUGAAUCCGACGAAGAAUUCACUCCUCUCAGGUGUUGGGACUGCAACGUAAACUUCACAAACAAACAUUACCUGUAUGCCCAUCUCUUCCACCAUAUAAAGCAACCGCACAUCAUUUUGGAACGUACCCAGCUGCCGCCUCUCAAAAUUACACUGAAAAAUAAAAGCGGUAACAGCUUCGAAAUAAUCAGCUCCCCGACACAUCUGGGGUCGCCGCUGAACAGCCCUUCGCACAAUUCAACUAAAUCCCAGAGCUCUCCGCUCGACCCUUCGUCCCAAAAUCUUUCGGAAUCAGCCUCCAAUCUGGCAGAGAUAAAGAAAGAGAAUACCGACGAGGAAACCACGCAGUCGGAGCCAAAAUCCUUGGCGGAAGAACAUAACUCGAACGAAGAGCGAGUUACUUUCUCGCCAGGAUUCGAUAGUGCCAAGGAACUCGGAUCCCAUCAUGGUUCCCCAGUUCCUAGCGACUCUGGAACUUCCGGUUCCGUGGAUAAACCAAACAACAGUACAAUUACCACUGACAGCAUUCUCAACACCAACUCCAACAGUGAGAGCAAUGCUUCUGAAUACGGAAGCAUUCCGGGCGCAGAACCCACACCUCCUCCAGAACCUACUGUUGAUUAUCCCAAGAUCAGAAUUAAAACUACCGGAUUGCUGAAGGAAUCUCUCACAAUAACAGAAAUCACGGACGAUAAUCCCGAUGGAGAUCCCAGUUUCAGAAGCUUAUUUUUAGAUCAAAAUGAUAGUUCCAAUUUGUGGUCAACACCUUCCCUAGAGGAUCCAUUAAAAUUGCCUGACAACGAUGACAACAGCAUAUUAUCACUCUUCAACAAUAAUGAGAGGGCAAAAGAUUUGGGCUUCCAUUCAAGUGACAAUGAAUUCAUAUCUCUUGAUCGCCUUGAAGAGAGGAAUAGAGGGGCAAUGCAACUCUACAAUUCAUCUUCACAGGCCUCAAAUCCGUUGGAUUCUCUAACUGGUCUACCUAUGCAAGCUUUAGCACAGCAGGUAUCUCGAUUGCAACCUUCUGGAAAUGGAAUGCAUCAACAAAAUGUUUUGAUAAAUAUCCAGCAAUUUCCAUCAGGACCUCCACAACCAUCUUAUCAACCACCUCCAAUGUACCCAUAUCCGCCACAACCAAUGCAUCAGCCCUACCAAUAUCAUUCUUCAUACAGGCCUCCAAAUCCCAUGUACUACCCGCCAGGACCUCCAGGAUAUCCCCCACAACAUAUGCCCCCUCCUCCCCAACCGCAGCUCACCCAAUUAGGGCAGACACCCAUGAAUCAGCAGCAAAUGGGUCACCCUCCGAUGAAUCAGCCUCCUAUGAAUCAGAACCAAAUGCCACCCACUUCACAGCCGCAAAAUAUGAAUCAGCCCAUGCAACAACAACAGCAGCAGCAACCACAACAACAGCAAUCGACACCGUACAGACAGCCCAUGCCUCCCAGACAAAUUCCGCCUAGGCCACAGGCGCCUGGAAACAGAAUGCCGAAUGGGCCAAGACCAACUAUGGGUCAACGUCAACCUCUAACACGUCAAAGGGCUCCUAUGAUGAGACCAAGAAGUGGAGUAGGCAUGACUGCAUUGAGAACAGUCAGGCCGAGAAUGCCGAACGCUCCCAAUGGUAUUCGCCAGCAACCAUCUCCAGUGAAACGAACCCCAGAACAAAUGCAGCAACUGCAGGCUAAAAAGAAGCGGUUUGAUAUGCUGACUCCUGAUAAAGAUGACGACGACUGUCAGGUGAUUUGUAUGCAGCCAAAGAAUACUGAUGGAGGUCUGCCACAGAUAGAAAGUGUACAGGGUGGUACCCCCGAACCUGCGGAGAGCAGCAUUAUGCAUCUUUCCGAUUCCAUUACACUAAGUGUUAGAAAUCCUCCACCAAAACCUGCCAGUCCGAAGAAAUCAGAUGCCAAAGCUGUUGCAAAUAUUUUGGCGACAAGAGGUAUAACAGUAACAGCUACGGCUAAACCAAAAGAAAAGGUAGAAUCUCCUCAGAAAUCACCCACUUUGCCUUCUUCUUUGAAUCUUAACGGAGCUGUCAGUAUUAUUCCAGCUGCUAAAAGUAAUGGAACAUCUAAGCCAACAAGUGAAUCUCUGCCUACUGUAGACCUAACUGAUGACACGGGACCAGCACAAUCGCAGUCCAAUUCACCCCAAAAGCAAAGACCGGGCCUACCCUAUCGUUGUGAUCUCUGUCCAGCUCAAUAUCCUAAUGCAAUGGGUCUCAACAAACAUAGACAGACUUAUCAUAAAACUUCAAGCGGCAUGGCUGAGUUAGGGAUACCUCUGGUAAACCUCAAAACCCCUGGUAUUUUACAAAAGCUAACUGCGAUGGGUAUUAAUAACUACAUUCCUCUUCCAUCUCCUGGCGUUGAUGGCACCUUCGCUCUUCCAGUGAUCAAUACACGUAGCCCUAGUAAUGUGGCCAAUAUUGGGGCUACCACGAUGCUAUCUUUGGGCCCUAUUAGAAAUAUACCAAAACCUCAAAACAAUAUAAAUGCUGCUAAGCAGCUGAAUAAUCAAAAAUCUUAACUUACAUUCUGUGAAUGUUUUGUAUAUAUUUUGUACAGAUAGUUAUAUGUAUUUGUAGUUAACUUUAAUGGAGUUUUUAAUAUUUUCUGUUAUCUGAAGAUUAUUAUUUAUUUAUUUCGAAAAUAUUUUUCUAUAGACUGACUUGUGAAUUAGUGUAUAUCCUACAGUGUUCCUGAUUCAACUGUAAAUGAUGUGGGGCAAGUCAGAUUCUUUGUAUUCAAUAGUUGUGGUUUUCAAACUCCAUUAGCGCUCAAGUAUUUUUCAAACGAGACAUUUUACAAAAAAUAAUUUAGAAAAUGACAAAAUGUGUUUCAAAGUAUUCAUUUUGAGAUUGCUCAAUUUUUCCGUUAACCAGUUUUUGGCUUCCCCAUAAACAGUAACUUACUCCUUAUAACUCAGAUUGAUGAAUUUGGAAUCAACAUUUAAAAGGAAAGAUCAUCGCCUAUCCUUAGCCUAACUCAUGAGCCUCUAGAAGACUUCUGAAGUUGAUGGUGGCAGUGAAACACAAUACAAAUCUAGCUACAUAUUGUUUCACUGAAAUAUUUAGUCAUAUGAUGAUUUGGAUUGAUUCCAAUAAGCCAAAUAUAUCUUUUGGAUAUCAUCACAAAAAUUUCAUAUAAUUUGAAAUCUCUAUGUGCAAAGCACAUCUAGUACUAGAAAUUAUUUAAAAAGGCUUCACUGUGGUCUGUUCCAUCAUGGAUAGAUUUUUAAUUGGAAGUCAUAUACUAGAGCUUUGUGAGAAAUUAUUAUGAGUAUCGUUUUAGAAAAAGGAAGAUUCUUUAUUAAUAUCAUUUUCUUGUUAUCAUUUUUUGCAGAACACGUUCUGUUUCACAGGUUGUAACUAAAAGACAACAGGCAUAAUUGAAUCUUGUUUCUGUAUACAUGUUUCAUGUUCAUCAAAAAACUUUUUGGGGCAAACUGGGUUAUAAUGUGCGAUAACUCAUCCAGUUGAGAUCAGUAACAGUCAGACAUUUUUCAUCUAGUGAUGGUGAUAAUUUAUUAAUUCGUUCAAUUAUCACAAGACCCUCAAAUGAGUCUACCUCAGGAACUGAAAACCAUUACUAUGUCCGAAUAGCCAGCGUGACCGUACAGUUAAGUCAAGUACACUGUGACUUGUUUAUAUACGUGCAAUUUACAUUAGAAUAUUAGUUUUUGUAAAAUGGAUACUACUAUUUAUUUUAGGAUUAUAUUGAAAGUGUCCCUAAAUUUUGUGAAAUAAACCUUCUGUUUUC